GCAGGUGUUCCCUUGGAAAGUGCCCAAGGCCCCCGAUCCACCGCCGGGCCGCUGGUGGUGGUCAUGGCGGUCGGGCGGCCGCGACCCGGCGGCCGACGCCGAGCCACCGUCCCGUGCCAGCCGACCCAGCUUCCUGGCCAUCUUGGCCGACGAGGGCGUCGACUUCCUGCUCAACAUGCUCAACAAUGCCAUUACGCUGCACAAGCGCGUCGUCGGCACCCGCCACCACUGCACGCCCUCUCACCGGUGGCGCCACUGCAGCUACCACUGCCUGCAGAUUCUGAGUGCCCGGGCCGUCCUCUUCAUGAGCCAAAACACCGACGUCCAGAACAAACUGGUCGAGGAAGCCCACCUCAAGAUACUGGUGAACGCUUUGGAUUCGACACAUGACCCCCAACUGCUAUGCCUGGUGCUCCAAAUCGUGGCGACCCUGGCGCUGGUUCCCGACCACCACGCGGCGCUCAUGGACGCCGAGCUGCCGGACAGCCUGACGCAGCUGGUCCUCCCAUCGGACGAGUGGUACUACACCAACCACAGCACCAAAUACGCGCGCUACGUGAAGCAUCAUGCCGCCAGAGUGCUCGUCUAUCUGGGCAUGGAACAGCGCCUCCGCAACAAGGUCUAUCUCUUCGACCUCAUCGAGGACCAGGCAGCCCCGUCGACGCCUAUGCUUGACAGCGGUGAAGAUAGCUACAUCGUAGACACGUCGAUGCCUCCCUGUGCCGUCAACGACUCGGCGCAGCGACUUGUCGGCAUUUCCGUGGAGACCUUCGUACUCGACAUGCUCAAGCACGCCGAGAGCCUGACCUGUUCCGUUGGAAAAAAGACCGUGCCUCCACAGCAUAAGUCUUUCCUUGACUUCUGUUUCGACCCAGUCAGUUCGUAUUCACAGGAGGCCAGUGGCGUGCACUUCCACCUGUCGGCGUUGCAAAUGGUGCUGCCGCCGGUGAUCGUGGUGCGACUGCUACAGCACCGGCUGCUGGGCACCGCGCAGGCGGCGCGCCGCGGGGCGCCGUCCCGCGCUAGCAUCGCUUCCGAGAACCGAAGCCGCGCGGGCUCGUCGGCCGACACCGAGGAGUCGCUGCGCGAGCGGCGCCACAUCGCACUCACGGUCAACUGCGCGCCACCUGGGCCGGCCUCCUGGACACGGGCCUCGUCCGUCGAGGAGCGCCGGGAGUCCAUCCGGCACGCCGACAACAAACAGGUGACUGUGGUGGCUCCCGAUGGUGGGCCAGAACUGUCGCCGGCGUCAUCUCCGGCGGGGCGGCGGACCUUCAAGUUUUCGAGCCUCAAGAAGCGCGCAAGCAAGGCGCCAGCCGCCAGCCAAGAACAGCCUUCCCGGACGACCAGCGAGGCCGACAUUGCGGCUUUUCAGAAGGAGCUACAGAACCUCCCAAACUUUGAGACGCUGGCUAGCUCGAGCGACACCUUCACGGACGGAAGCGGCCUCGACGGGGUGGGCUACGCGCGGCCACGCUCCUGCUCGGUGCCUCGUGUCACUUUCGAAGCGGCGUCGCUCCAGCUGCCGCACGGACAUGGUCCGCUCAUCCGCAGCGCCACCACGGAGGGGGCCUACACGGGUUCAUCGGUGAGCAAGCCUGCUGCGGCAGGCCUCGCGACAUCUGCGACCAUCGCUGGGCCCGCCGCGCCACAGUCAGCCACCUCUGUCCCACAGCCUGUCCAACAGUCGCUCCUCACGGCCCAGAGGGCAUUAUAUGGCGACGGCCAGGGAGCUCUCGUUGGUGAAGUUCACAGGUGCCAAACCAUCCGCCCUUGGUCGCAGCGUGCGAGGCGGUGGCUCCAGCGCACGGGCCCCUGUGUGACCUGCCCGGCGUUCACCUGA